AGACAGCUCGCCUCCGUCGCCUCCAAAACAAAACAGAGCGCCCUUCACUCAAGGCAGAGAUGAAUUGCACCCAUUCUGUAUGAUUUUAUUUGCGAUCAAAUCAAACUUUAUUCUUCUGAGAAACUAAUCUCUGCCGUGCGUGGGUAUGUCACCGGAGUCUUGUCUUCUGCCAUGGCGUCUCAACACAGAGAAGCGUUUCAGAAACAAAUUCAACAAGAUUGGGCAAACCGAGAGUACAUCGAAGUUAUCACAGGCAGCAUCAAAAAAAUAACCGACUUCCUGAAUUCUUUCGAUAUGUCGUGCAGAUCGAGGCUGGCCGUGCUCAAUGAGAAGCUCACAACCUUAGAGAGGCGAAUUGAAUAUUUGGAAGCACGGGUCACCAAAGGAGAGACUUUGACUUGAUGAACCAUCCUCUUCUAAUUUUUUUCAUCCUUUAACCAAUGUACUCUAGUGUAUAAGACUUGAAUGACUGUCUUUUUCAUUGUUUGUUGAACUCAACAAAAACUAUGCCAAUUUUCAUACAUACCAAUUUUGAUUCAGUUUCUUAUCUUUAAUUCUUUGUAUAGGUUUAAUUACCAUUAUAGCAUCAUGAUUUAUGAUUUUUAUGAUGAAUUUAUGUUAUUAUUAGGUGAUUUAUAAUUUGACUUCACAUUAAAGCACUGAAAAGCUG